AUGUCUUACACGUGCUUGAAAGGCAAGACUUACAUCGUCACCGGUGCUGCGUCCGGUAUCGGCCGAGAGAUCUCGAUUCGAUUAGCAAAGCAAGGUGCAAACAUUGGCCUGGUGGACUUGCAGAUGCCUGACCAAGUGUUAGCCGAGGUCGUAAGGGCCGGUGCGAAAGGGUUCGCGGUGGCGGCCAACGUCUGCCACUCGGACGAGAUUGAAACUGCCUUUGGACAAAUUGCACACCAUUUCGGAGGUCUCGACGGCGGGGUCAACUUCGCGGGUAUCAUUGGAAAGAAUUACAAGCUUGGACAAAAGGAGACAUCAUUGCAAAAUCUGCAAGACGAUGACUGGAGCAGCGUCAUCAACGUCAACCUGGGUGGAGUGAUGAAUUCCAUCCGGGCAGAGUUGAAGUUGAUGAAAGGUCCCGGGGCCAUUGUGAACGCUGCCAGCCUUGCAGCACAAAUUCCCACCCCGUACAAUUCGCCCUACGGGGCGAGCAAACAGGGUGUCAUCUCGUUGACAAGGGCUGCUGCUCAAGAGGUGGGAGCUAGGAGGAUCAGGGUGAAUGCAGUGGCGCCGGGAUUUGUGAAGACUCCGAUGUUGGAGCAAUUUAGCAACGACAACGACGUGAUUCAAAAGCGCGUCAUCGAGCCGAGGGUCGCGCUUGGGCGCAUGGCGGACCCAGAAGAUGUCGCGCGCGCAGUCUUGUUUCUUUUGAGUGAAGAAGCGGCAUAUAUCACAGGGCAUGUAAGUUUUUACCUACCGACUCCACUCGCUUGA